AUGCUGAACGUCCCUUCCCAGUCUUUCCCGGGCUCCAAGCAGCAGUGCGUCUCCUCCAGGGGGCGUAGGAAGGUCCCUCUGAAACAGGGCAGAAGUCUUAUGGGUUGGAUUCGACUGACCAAAAGUGGAAAGGACCUAACAGGAUUAAAAGGAAGAUUAAUUGAAGUAACUGAAGAAGAACUGAAAAAACACAACAAAAAAGAUGAUUGUUGGAUAUGCAUAAGAGGCUUUGUUUAUAACAUCAGCCCGUAUAUGGAGUGUCAUCCUGGUGGAGAAGAGGAACUUAUGAGAGCAGCAGGAUCAGAUGGUACUGACCUUUUUGAUCAGGCCUGCAAGAUGGUUCAUCGCUGGGUCAACUAUGAAUCCAUGCUGAAAGAAUGCCUGGUUGGCAGGAUGGCCGUUAAACCUGCUUUUCCUAAAGACUAUCAUGAGGAAAAGAAACUCUUAAACGGCAUGCUUCCCAAGAGCCAAGUGACAGAUCCACUUGCCAAAGAAGGACCUAGUUCUCCAAGCUAUGACUGGUUCCAAAGAGACACUUUAGUCACCAUUGUCAUAUAUACUAAACAGAAGGAUAUCAAUUUAGACUCAGUAAUAGCUGAUCACCGGGAUGAUUCCUUUAGAGCAGAAACAGUUAUCAAGGAUUAUUCAUAUCUUAUACAUAUUGCCCUAAGUCACGAGAUUCAGGACGAUUUUUCUGUGCGAGUUGUUGAGAAUGUGGGAAAAAUAGAGAUUGUCCUGAAGAAAAAAGAGAAUACUUCUUGGAAAUGCCUUGGUCAUCCCCUGGAGAAUCAUAAUUCACUUAUUCCAAAGAAAGAUAUAGGUACUGAAAUUGUGAAGCCAUAUACACCUGUAUCUGAUUCCUUAUUCUCAGAGUUCAAGGAACCAGUUCUUCCCAACAAUAAAUACAUCUACUUUUUGAUCAAAAUCUACCCUGCUGGACUCUUCACACCAGAGCUUGAUCAUCUUCAGAUUGGAGAUUAUGUUUCUGUAAGCAAUCCCGAGGGCAAUUUUAAAAUAUCCCAGUUCCAAGAAUUGGAAGAUCUCUUUUUAUUGGCAGCGGGAACAGGCUUCACACCAAUGGUUAAAGUACUGAGUUAUGCUUUGACUAAUAUACCCAGUCUCAGGAAAGUGAAGCUGAUGUUCUUCAAUAAAACAGAGGAUCACAUAAUUUGGAGAAGCCAAUUGGAGAAAUUAGCAUUUAAGGAUAAAAGAUUUGACCUUGAAUUUGUUCUCUCAGCACCUACUUCUGAAUGGAAUGGCAAACGGGGAUACGUUUCACCAGCUCUGCUUUCUGAAUUUUUGAAAAGAAGUUUAGACACGUCCAAAGUCCUCAUCUGCAUUUGUGGACCAAUGCCAUUUACAGAACAAGGAAUGAAGUUGCUGCGUGAUUUGAACUUUUCCAAAGAUGAGAUCCGUAGUUUUACAGCAUAAUGAAGAGGUGUCAUUCAACUGUUUUAGCUAAAUUUGUGAUUACUUAGGGUUUUUUAAAAGAACAUUUUUGUAUAUAGGUUAACUGGAA